AUGACUGAACAGAAUAUUCCCAUCAUGAACAACAACGAUAGUGGUAACACAGUUGUAGUUAGAGAGAACAAUAACAAACGUUUUAAAAAUGAAUUAACUUAUGACAAAACAAGACUUAUUAUUAAAAAUGUUCCAAAGUACAUGAAUGAAAUUGAUUUAAAAAAGCAUUUUUUUAAAAUGAAAGGAAAUUACGAUUUUAAAAUAACAGAUAUAAAAAUAAUGAAAAGGAAAAAAAUAGUAAAGAAUAAAGAACAUUUUGAGUCCAGAAAAAUCUGUUUUAUAGGAUUUAUUAGCAAUAUAGACUGUGAAAAUUUUAAGAAAUCUUUUAAUAAUAGUUAUAUUAAUACUAGUAAAAUAAUUAUAGAAGAUGCUUUUUCCCCCCUUUUAACAAAAAAUAAUGCAAAACAUGAUAAUAAAAAUUUACUCCUAUAUAUGCGAAAUAAAUUGGAAGAUAUUAAGAAAAUGAAAGGUAACACAUCUGCAAAAACUAUACAAAACGAAAAUUAUAUUAAUAAAGAGAUUCCAGUUAAAAAAACAAAGGCAGGUAUGAAUACCACCAGAAAUCAUGUUUUAUUUUUAGACGAUAAUACGAGGGAAGGUGCAAUUGAAGGUCUUAACGACGCAAAAAAGAAUAGAAAGAAGAAAAAAAACAAAAAGAAAAAUGAAAAUAAGAAGAAGAAAAAAAAAAUGGCACAUAUGGAAAAGGUGGAUACAAAUAAUGCGAAAGAUGAUACCCAAAAGGGAAAUAAAAAGGAGCUUGAGCAGAAAACCACAGAAAAUGAUUGUACAGAUGUAGGGGCAAAUGAAUCAACCAACGCCGAAACAAAUGCUGAGAGCAACGGAUGUAUAAACCCUAUGGUAAAGGAGGAAAAUGCCCUUGAUUGGUUAAAAGAAAUUUCAAAAAAAGAUGAAAAUGAUAAAAGAAAAAUGGAAUUGAAAAAGAGUUUAUUCCAGGAGGAAGAAAAAAACGAUCAAAAUAAACAAGCAAGCAGCAUAAAGAAAAACAUACAGGUGGACAAUGACACAGAAAAUGACGAUAGCGAAAAUAUGAAUACAGGGAAAAUUCUAAUUUUUAACUUGCCACCUGUAGAUGAACAUGAUAUAAAAAGUUUAUGUGAAAAAUAUGGUCCUACGGUAGAUGUAAAAAUUUUUAAGAAUACGAAAAAAGAAACUCUUGAUAUAAAUCCAAAUGAGAAGAGAAGCAACAAAGAGAAUGAUGACUUCUUUAUAAAAUUGUUAAACGAAAAGAAUGAUGAAAAAAAAAAAAAAAAAAAAAGAAAUCUAGUUAACAGUAAUAUUAGUAAUAAUAAUAAUCAUAAUGAUAGCCAUAAUGAUAACCAUAAUGAUAACCAUAAUGAUAACCAUAAUGAUAUCCAUAAAGAUAUAAUAAUAAAGAGAGACCUUACAAAUGUAAAGGCAUACGCUUUUGUUAGUUUUAUGUUUCCUAGCUCAUGUAAGAGGGCUAAGGAAAAUUUAAAUAAUGCAAUCUACAGAGGGAAGAUUUUACGUGUCAAAUAUGCAAAAGAAAAAUUAGGAGAUUAUGAAAAUAUAGAAAAAAAUAAAAAUAACAUAUUCAUUAAAUUAUCCAAUGACUCUAAAACGUCUUAUAAGAAAAUAUUAGAAAUUCAGAAAAAGAGAAAUUGUCAAAAUGAAAACAUCUGGAACGUUCUAUACACUGAUAUUAAUGCUAGCAUUUACAAUUUCUGUAAAGAAAAUAAUUGUAGUCGCGAAUCCGUAUUAAAUAUAAAGGAUAAAAACAUAGCAGUUAAUGUCUCUUUAACUGAGACGUACAUAAUUAAUAAAAUGAAAGAUUGGAUAAAGAAGGAGGGGAUAUAUUUGGAAGCCUUUGAGCAAAUUUACAAAAAAAAGGAUGCAAAUGAUGAAGGAAAUGAGAAAAGAGAUGUAGAAGAAAAUGAGAUAGAACAUAGAAAGGACAACAAGGAUGGAGGCGUCAAAGAAAAAGAAAAAGAAAAAUCAGAGGAGGGGAAAAAUUUUCCAAAUGGUGCUUCUAACAAUUCAAACGAUUUAAACGAUUCACAGAAAGUCAUAAAGUAUAAACGAAGCGAUGACACUAUAAUAGUAAAAAACUUAUCUAUGCAUACAAAUAAAAAUGAUAUAAUUAACUUAUUUAAGAAGUAUGGAAUUUUGAGAAAAUUUAGUUUCUCACCAUAUAAUAAUAUAGCCAUAAUGCAAUUUGAAAAUUCGGAAAAUGCAAAAAAAGCCUUCAUUUCUAAUUCCUAUAUAAGAUAUAAAAAAUUACCACUGUAUUUAGAAUGGGCUCCUUUGAAUUUGUUUGAAAAAAAAGAAAAUGAAAUUAGUAGUAGCAUAAGUAAAGUGCAAAAUAAUUAUGAUACUACUAUUACAGAGGAUGUAACAGCAGAAAAUGAAACGAAGAAAUUGCAUGAACAUGUGACGAAUGAAUUAUAUGAAAAUGAAUCUAGUGAUGAAGAAGAGAUUACCCAUGCCAGCAUCUAUAUCAAGAAUUUGAAUUUUAAUACAAAAGAAGAAGAUCUGAAAAAAUUAUUUGAAAAAUUAGAAGGUUUUAUUACUUGCAAUAUUGUAAAGAGUAAAAAAGCUGUAUCUCAAAAAGGGAAUGAUAAAAAUAAAGUUUUAUCAGAACAGAAAUAUUUGUCCCAAGGAUAUGGAUUUGCAGAAUUUAAAAAUAAAGAGUUAGCAAUUGAAGCUAUUAAGAAAUUAACGGCUACACGUUUGGAUGAUCAUAUUUUGGAGUUGAGUUUAUCUCGUAAUCGAAUUAAAAAAAAAUCAGACAAAAAUAAUCAAGAAAAAAAAAUAAUUAAGGAACAAAAGAAAAUUACGAAAAAAUUACUUGUUAAAAAUUUAGCUUUUCAAGUGACUAAAGAAGAAUUAAGAAAAUUAUUUUCAACUUUUGGAAAUGUUAAAAGCGUUAGAAUUCCUAAAAAUGCUUACAAUAGAAGUAGGGGUUAUGCAUUUGUUGAAUAUAUGUCAAAGAAUGAAUGUCUUGCAGCUAUUGAUUCCUUACAACAUACGCAUUUGUAUGGAAGACAUCUCAUUAUAGAUUUUGCAAAUGACUACAUAUUUGAAGAAAACAUGAACGAAUUUGAUAGACUAAAAGAGGAGGAAAACAAAGGGGGAAGUAAUAAAAACAACAAAAAUGUAAUAACAUCAGAGCAAGCUAAAAGAAAAGCCCUGUUUGAGAUGAAAAAAAGCAACGAAAUGAGUGAAUCCAAGAAGAGGAAGCUUCUGGGAAAUUUGGAAAAUAUUUAA